GGUGCUCGGCUCUUCGACUUAUCUGAGUUCGAUUGAGGAGCGUGGCCGCCCUCUUCCGGCUCCGGGAAGCUCUUCCGGCUUUGGUUUCCCGCGGACCGCGCCGGCUUCAGGCUAUUUGAAGGGUUUUACCUAAACAUGGAUAUCAGACCAAAUCACACGAUUUAUAUCAACAACAUGAAUGACAAAAUUAAAAAAGAAGAAUUGAAGAGAUCCCUGUAUGCCCUGUUUUCUCAGUUUGGACAUGUGGUAGAUAUUGUGGCUUUAAAGACCAUGAAGAUGAGGGGACAGGCUUUUGUUAUAUUUAAGGAACUGGGUUCAUCCACAAAUGCUUUGAGACAGUUACAAGGAUUUCCAUUUUAUGGUAAACCAAUGAGAAUUCAAUACGCAAAAACAGAUUCUGAUAUAAUAUCUAAAAUGCGUGGUACUUUCGCUGACAAGGAAAAGAAAAAGGAAAAGAAGAAAGCUAAAACCAUGGAACAGGCGGCAGCAGCUGCAAACAAGAAGCCUGGUCAGGGAACACCAAAUUCAGCUAAUACCCAAGGAAAUGCAGCACCGAAUCCUCAGGUCCCUGAUUACCCUCCAAACUAUAUCCUGUUCCUUAAUAACUUACCAGAGGAGACAAAUGAGAUGAUGUUAUCCAUGUUGUUCAACCAGUUCCCUGGUUUCAAGGAAGUUCGCUUGGUACCAGGGAGACAUGACAUUGCAUUUGUAGAAUUUGAAAAUGAUGGGCAGGCUGGAGCUGCCAGAGAUGCUCUGCAAGGGUUUAAGAUCACACCGUCCCACGCCAUGAAGAUUACCUAUGCCAAGAAAUAACAUGUAGGAUGCCAGUUUUGAAGGACUUGGUAUUAUUUAUAGUUUGUUUUGAUCACAUUCGGUCAAGUCAUUUUAAAUGGUUGGAAGUGAAGGUGAAGUUUAGGGAAAAGAGUCACCUAAUUUUUUUUUUUUUUAGUUUUGGUGAACUAUGAAAUACGGAGCCUUAAUUUUGUACAAUAAACUUUUAUUUGUAUUUUG